GUUAGCUUUAACUUUGACUUCUUUUUAUAUUAUACAUAUUCAGAUAGAUUGUUCACCUGAUUCGGAUAUAAAGAUGAAUAGUUUAAACAAAUCAUUAAUUGUUGUGUAUAUUAUCUUGAUCAAAGCCGAUUCCUGCGUCUCUCAGCCGAGUUGUUUCGCAAACUGCGCUUUAUGUGAAAAUAAAACUGUGUGCACAUCAUGUGACUCUGGAUACUACUUACGGUCAGCUGAGGAAUGUAGAUCGUGCACGUACGUAGGAACGAACUGUGCUACAUGCAGUAAUGAAACGCAUUGUAACGAAUGUAAGCAAGGAAAGUGGGGCACCAUUUGCCAAUCAUUUUGUUCUGACGGUUGUAACACAGAAACGUGUAACUCGUUUGAUGGAACAUGUACUUGUAAACGUGGUUUUUAUGGACGUACAUGCCAACUCAAGUGUUCGGCAAACUGCCUUACUGACACAUGUGGGGUUAACGGUGAAUGUGAGUGCAAAGACGGGUAUUAUGGAAAUCAAUGUAAUGGAAACUGUUUUUCUGAUUGUGAGAAAUGCUCUGCUGGCACGUCGUGUUCUGUGUGUCCCACUGGAAAAUACGGACAACUUUGUGGUAUUCCGUGUGAAUGCAACGGAAGAUGCGAUAUUCUCACUGGUGAGUGUAUAAAUGAAACGUGUCCAGACACGUGUUCAUCAUGCAGAGACAGUGAACAGUGCAUCGAGUGUUCUGCCGGUUGGUUUGGUGCAGGUUGUAACAACACGUGUUCAGAAAAUUGUAAUGGGGGUUGUGAGCAAUAUUCCGGACAUUGCAAUUCAUGCUAUGUUGGCUUAUUCGGAACAAGCUGUGAUAUGAUAUGCACUAAAUGUCUUGAUGGUAACUGCACUCAGGAGGGGGAGUGUAAAUCGUGUUACAAUGGCAGCUAUGGGCCGUUUUGUAACAAAACAUGCUCGGAAGACUGUGUUGGAAAUAUAUGUAACCAGGUAGAUGGGUCAUGUCAACAUCAGGUUCAAUGUCCUGGAAAUUGUGUAAGAUGUACAGACAACGUAACAUGCACUGAAUGUAAGAACUCUUAUUACGGAUUUAUGUGUACUUUUAAAUGUAGCAGUACGUGCAAGGGUGGAACCUGUGACAUAGAAUCUGGACGUUGUGAGAAUUGCGAGGUAUCACAUUAUGGGAACUUUUGCGAAAAUAUCUGCUCUCAGAACUGUGCAGGUUCCCUAACAGAAGCAAAAUGCGACUCAACAGGAAAGUGCAACCGCGGAUGUAUUAAUGGUUUCAUUGGCGAUACUUGUACUUCUGAAGCCGAAAAACAUCAAACCGUUGGGGCGGAAGAGGAAAAUGGCUCUAGUUCGGUUAUCGGUGGAGCGGUCGGUGGUGCCCUUGGUGUGUGUGUUGUUAUAGCACUGGUUAUAGUGCUUGUUGUUAAGAAAAGAGGGAAUCUAAGAAAUGAGAGGAAAAAGACGUAUGAAGACAUAUUGCCAGAAGGAGGCCAAAAUGAAUCGUACACAACUUUAGAAGUCGCAAAAAAUGCCGAGAAUGAAAUUCCCGAAUCCGAGCCACGGUCUGGGUUGAGUAUGGAAAGUAAAGACACCGGAGUUUACUACAAUAAUGAAAAUGCCUACUACAAGAACGUCGGUGGAAAUGUUCAAAAGACAUGA